AUGCUCCAGGUAUCGCCCUCGACGCUCUUUGCCGUUACGGCCAUCCUCGAGGGCGAGCCCUUCGUGAACAGCACGCCACGGGACACGUUUGUCCCGGGCACCAUCCAACUCGCGACCAGUGGCAGCGAUCUCAAGCCAGGCCAGACAAAGCUCAAGUCCCUCUCUGCGGAGCUGCAGUUCAAUAGCAAGGAGAGCAGCAAGAGCAGCAUCGUCGACGACAUGGCUGACGCAAACCACCUGCUCUUCAAGUGUCCCGAGCCGGGCGCGAAUCGUUAA